AUGCCCAUGUCUUCGUUCCCCGCAUCGCAUCAUCAUCAUCAUUUGCACCCGUCGCCGCCCCAAAUGCUCGAUUCGCUCCCCUCGCCUACGCGCUCCCUCGGCGACCUCGCGCAGGAGGAAAAGAGCUUCACAUUUGCGCAUUUCACGUGCGAGCAUGCGUGGGUUAUUGGGAAUAUUCUGCGCAAUGCGCUGCGCACCGCGGGCGUGUCGGCCGUUAUUCACAUCUCGAUGAGCGCGCAGACGCUGUUCCAUUCGCCGAGCUUGCCUGGGACGAUGCCCGAUACGGAAACGUGGGUGCAGAGGAAGAAGAAUGCGGUGCUGAGGUGGGGGCAUAGUACGUGGUAUAUCAACUGCCAGUUUGAUGGGGAUUACAAGAGGUUCGCGGAGCAUCAUGCGAUGAGUGGGGAUGAGUGGAGCAAAUACACUAUCGAAGGGGGAGGGUACCCUGUCUUCGUGAAGGGUGUUGAAGGCGUCGUUGGGGCUAUUGUGGUGGUGGGUGCGGACAUGGAUGGACAGCAGGCACAUGGCGUGGUGAUCCGGGCCAUCGAGGAAUACAAAGAUCUGAGGGAGGGAUUCAGGAGUCCGAUGAGGAGCAUGACGGUCAAAUGA